AUGAAUAGUGGAAAAGCGAGAGUACCAAAAUGCGCUAGAUGCCGUAACCAUGGCUUGAUCUCCAGUCUACGUGGUCAUAAGAAAGCUUGUGCUUAUCGCAACUGUCAAUGCCCUAAGUGUGGCUUGAUUAAAGAACGCCAGAGGAUUAUGGCGGCUCAGGUGGCGUUAAAAAGGCAACAAGCGGCGGAGGACAAGAUCGCUCUACACUUAGCGUCAGUGGAGAGCGGGACGUCUUUGGAGGCUUUGCCACCAGGAAGAAUCUAUGGUAUGAGGGUCACGGGACCUUGCCAAAGUCCUGGGCCGGAGCCAGAUUCAGCAACUACCAAUGAAAAUUCAGAAAGUGAAAACCCGGUCAGCACAGCAAGUUUGGAAAUGUUAAAGAAAUUAUUUCCUGGAAAAAAGCGUUCAGUCCUCGAAUUGGUUCUACGAAGAUGCAACCACGACUUACUGCGUGCUGUUGAACAUUGCAAUGCUAUUCAGGGCUCAAAAGAGAAAUUGCCUACCAUAACACCACCUAUGAGCUAUGGAUUGACAAACCCAGAAGAACCUUCGAGAUGGUACAUGCAUAGGUAA